AUGAAGCCGAGCGGUCGUGGUCUAGUGGCCAGCCCGUCGGUGGGUACGUUGAAUCGAUUGGAACGCCAGAAGAUUGUUCUGUGGAGGCGCCCCGUUCAAACAGUUCACUAUGCAGUCCGCGAAACAAUGCAGCUGCUAGUCGAAUUCGUUCGUUACUUAUGGCGGCAUAAAGCCCGGAUAUUGUUCGCGAUGCUAGCAUGUGUUAUUGCAACAUAUGCUUGUCAUGCACCAGGUGUUCAUCAAAAAUACAUCCAGCGUUUCAAAGUGAAAUUACUGCGGUGUUUUUACUGGAUUGGUUUGGGUAUCCUUUCGUCCGUUGGGCUUGGAACCGGGCUUCACACAUUUUUGUUGUAUCUGAGAGCAGAUUUACGUGAUACAUAG